GGAGAGUAGGGUGCUGUGGACGAGGCGAGCUGAGGAAGGGAAGGGAACCCUCUUGACCGCCGGCGGCGAGGGGAGAUGCCGCCGGAGAGGACGAGGAAGUCGAGGACGGAGGAGCUGUGGGAGCGCGAGGUCGGCGGUCUCCCACCCAAGCGCUUCGCCAACUCCGUCAUGGCCUCCAAGGAGUUUGUGCAGUCUCUCAACAUCCAAAAGCGGCUACGGAAGCACAGGAGCUGCGUCAACACGAUAAGCUUCAGCGCGGACGGGAGGCUGCUCCUCUCCGGGUCCGACGACCGGACCCUCGUGCUGUGGGACUGGGAGGAGGCGGCGCCGGCCUUGUCGCUCCACACUGGGUUCAGCAGCAACGUGUACCACGCGCUGUUCAUGCCUGUCUCCGGUGACAGGAGCAUCGUCUCGUGCGCUGCUGAAGGGGAUGUGAUCCAUUCACAGAUACAGGAAGGGGGGCGUGUGGUUACACACACACACAAACUUGUUGAGUUGGGCUUUGCAGUACACAGGUUGGCUGUUGAGCCAGCAAGUCCUCACACGUUCUACUGCUGCUGUCAAGAUAGCUCCGUGUGGCUUUUUGAUCUCAGGGCGCGAAAUGCCAUGGAAUUGUUUAAAUGUAGGGCUGCGAACUAUCACACUGCUGAAAAUAUCGCACUCUAUGCUAUUUCCUUAGACCCAAGGAAGCCCUGUUGUUUUGCAGUUGCUGGAUCAGAUCAGUAUGUAAGGAUAUAUGAUACCCGUAAGAUUUUUGUGGAUGGGAAUUCUAGUUUCAGUCGCCCAACUGAGCACUUCUGCCCUCCGCAUUUGAUUGGUCGAGUGGAAGAAGAAAUAACUGGUUUGGCCUACUCACAGACCAGCGAGCUAUUAGCGUCCUAUGGUCAAGAAGAUAUCUACCUUUUCUCAAGAGAGCAUGGUUUACACUUCAACAAUGUUGAGGUCAAUAAACGACUCCUGGAGGAUAUGAUUGAGCCUUCAUUUAGUGAUAAGUUGCCUGUACCUAAGAAAUUCAAGGGACACCGGAAUGAGGAAACCGUGAAGGGGGUUGACUUCCUUGGCCCCAACUGUGAUUUUGUUACCUCUGGGUCAGACUGUGGCAGCAUAUUUAUUUGGAGAAAGAAGGAUGCAGAACUGAUCAGAGCGAUGCGUGGAGAUAAGCGGGUUGUAAACUGUGUCGAACAGCACCCUUCUGGGAUUGUUCUAGCAAGUAGUGGCAUUGAGAAUGAUAUCAAGAUUUGGGAACCUGGUGAAGGUGAAAACCGCUCCAUCGUUCAAGCUGACGAGGACGAUGACAAUACUGUUUGGAUCCACGGCAGCAGUGAUUCUGAUGACUUCUUUGACGACAAUGGUUUCGGUUUGAUGGUCAUGGAACCGAUCCAUUUAUAUGAAAACAGCGAUAAUGAUUCAUAUGAGGAGGAUACAUCGUCAGAGGAACAUGACAGUGAUGGUGACAGCAGUGCCGGAGAUGAAGAUUCCGAUGGGGGAAACAGUGCAGGAGAUGAGGGCGACGAUUGAUGAUCAAGGACACGGAUCCAUGCCUAUUCCCAGGGAGCAAAUCUUCAUCCGAGAACAGCUGAUUCUUUUGUGGUUGUGGUUGUGGUUGUAGCCUUGUAGGUUAUUUUGGGAGGAGCAAGGCUUACCCAAAAAAACAAAAAAAAAAACGUUUUUAGUUAGGAUUAUCAUGGGUUACUGUUUGGUGUUCCUCUGUGUAUAUAUUUUUCGUCGGAAUUGGGGUAGUCUACCGUACCGAUGCAAACGUACUGUGGAAGCUAAUGUUCGAACGGGAGACUGAAAUGGUCAUGAUGUUGAAUGGCAUCAAGUAUUCAACCAUUUCAUACAAUAGUUUGGUGGAAAGUUUAU